AUGCCUUUUUAUGUGAAGGAUGUUGCAAACACAUAUAUUCUGGGAAAUGACCAUGCUUUGACUAAUGGAAGAUAUUGUAAGUUGGAGACAACGUGUGAAGAUUUCGGCAACAGUUUUGAGAAGUGCACCGUAUAUAAAGGAACAUUGUACAGUGGAGUCGAUAUUGCUGUUGAUUAUACUAUUGUUACUUCUAUUGAGGAUUGGUCAAAGAACAUGGAGAUAACCUACAGAAGAAAGAUUGCUGCUUUAUCCCGUGUUAACCAUAACAACAUUACCAAUCUCAUUGGUUGUUGUGACGAAGACGAACCAUUCACAAGGAUGAUGGUGUUUGAGUAUGCUCCGAGCGAAAGCUUAUAUGAGCAUCUACAUGUUAAGGAUGUUGAACAUCUUGAUUGGAGUGCAAGAAUGAGCCACGCCUUUGUCUAA